AUGGCGACCGGAGCGGGCGCAUCGACUAAACCGCAUUAUAACUUGGAAGAUGCCCCGGCACUCUUCGAAAAGUUUAUCAGGGACUACGACAAAGUGUACAUAGAUGAGGCGGACCGCGCCGUCCAUUAUGAGGCAUUUGUGAGACGGCUGGAACAAAUCAAUAAGGCUAAUGCACAGAGUACGUCGGCCACGUACGACAUAAACAAGUUCGCAGAUUACACUCCGCAAGACAGAAAACAUCUCACUGGUGUCCUUCAUCCGAAUGAUAAAUGA